CGCCUCUCGCGAUGGCCGACCAAGACAGCAAUGAAAAAGAAAUUGAAAUAUGGAAGAUGCGCAAGCUCAUCAAGAAGCUGGAAGACGCGCGCGGGAACGGGACGUCGAUGAUUUCGCUCGUGAUCCCGCCGAAAGGGCAAGUGAACCUGGUGCAAAAGAUGUUGAUCGAAGAGAUGGGCACGGCGACGAACAUUAAGUCUCGAGUCAAUCGACAGUCAGUGCUCGAUGCGAUCGGUUCGGCACAACAGCGCUUGAAGCUGUACAAUAAAGUGCCGCCGAAUGGGCUCGUCGUGUAUUGCGGCGCGGUGUUGACGGAGAGCGGGAAGGAACGGCAGAUGAAGAUUGAUUUUGAACCCUUCAAACCGAUCAACACGUCGUUAUACAUGUGUGACAACAAGUUUCACACUGCAGCGUUGAGUGAUUUGUUGCAAAACGAUCAGAAGUAUGGUUUCGUCGUAAUGGAUGGUAACGGGACGCUCUUCGGAACCUUGUGCGGGAACCAUCGCGAGAUUCUACAAAAGAUUUCCGUUGAUUUACCGAAAAAGCACGGUAGAGGUGGUCAAUCCGCGCUUCGUUUCGCGCGUCUGCGUUUAGAAAAACGUCAAAACUACCUUACCAAGGUUGCUGAGCUCACGACGCAGCAUUUCAUCAGUAAUGAUAGGCCCAACGUCGCCGGCUUGGUGCUCGCCGGUUCGGCGGAUUUCAAGAACAAACUCGCCGAGGCGGAUUGCUUCGACAGUCGCCUUCAAGAAGUCACCUUGGCCGUAGUCGAUGUCUCUUACGGCGGUGAAAACGGCUUUAAUCAAGCGAUUGAGCUCUCCGCGGACACGCUUUCGUCGCUCAAGUUCAUCCAAGAAAAGAAAUUGGUUGGCAAGUUUUUCGACGAAAUCGCCCAAGACACGGGCAAGUACGUUUUUGGUAUCAACGAUACUUUGACGUGCUUGGAAAUGGGAGCGGUUGAAACUUUGGUGUGCUGGGAAGAUCUCGAGGUCGCGCGCGUGACCCUGAAAAAUAGCAGCACCGGAGAGGAGACGAUUAAGUUUUUGCGGCCCGAAGAGACUGAGGGCAAUGAAAACGACCACGUGCGCGACGCCGAUGGCAACGAUUUGGAGAUUGUCGAAUCCGUCCCGCUGUUGGAGUGGCUAGCAAACGAGUACAAGAAGUUUGGUUGCGUCUUGGAACUCAUCUCGGAUAAGUCGCAAGAGGGUAACCAAUUUUGCCGUGGUUUCGGCGGCAUCGGCGGUUUGUUGAGAUAUCAAGUCGAUCUCACCGCCUUCGAAGUCGCCGCCGACGCCAACUCCGACGAUUGGGACUCCGACGAUUCCGAAUGUUUCAUCUAACCCUUCCCGUUGCAUUGACUCGAUCCUAACGCCAC